AUGAGGAGAAAAGAAGGAAGUCAGCUAAUACAAAUAGUGCACAGACCCUUGUCACAGAGAACAGGGGAAGAGCUGAAUACCGACAACAAUCAAGAGGUCAUAGCAAGUCCAGAGGCAGAUCAAAAUCUAAUGAAAAACAAUGUUAUCACUGUGUGCUUUCCGUCGCAGCAACAUGCCACAACGGUUAUGGCUGUGUUAGACGUUCUGUCGAACCACUCUGUAGACGAGGAGUAUAUUGGGGAGAAGAUUGAGCCUUCGUGGGAGGAGGAAGGGGUUAUUAAGGCAGCCUUUGAGCGGUAUAGUAGAAGGGUGAAGGAGAUUGAAGGGAUUAUUGAUGCUAGGAAUCUUGAUUUGAGUCUCAAGCAUAGAAGUGGGGCUGGAGAAGGGCUCCUAUCGGGUUAG